CACCGGAUGCGUCUUGAAGCAGCAUCAGCUGUAACAGAAGAUCCCGAUCCUGAAACCACAGCUGAAGGUUCCCUAUCCCCAGAACCAAAGACCAUGGAGCUCUCUGACAGUGACAGACCCAUCAGCUUUGGCUCCACCUCAUCCUCARCCUCUUCCCGCGACAGCCAUGGCUCCUUUGGCAGCAGAAUGACCUUGGUUUCAAAUAGCCACUUGGGCUUGUUUCACCAGGAUAAGGAAGCGGGGGCCAUAAAGCUGGAGCUGGUUCCAGCACRGCCGUUUUCGAGCAGCGAGCUGCAGAGGGACACCCCUGCUGGGCCGCAGAACAUGGACGAGAGCAGUGAGAGGCAGCCCAGGACCCCAUGGAGAGUGGACACAAAUGGGGCGUCCAAAACGACGGCAGACACAGCCACCAGCCCCAAGCUCCUCUAUGUGGAUAGGGUUGUGCAGGAGAUUCUAGAGACGGAAAGGACUUACGUGCAAGAUUUGAAAAGCAUCGUGGAGGAUUACCUCGACUGUAUCAGGGACCAAGCAAAACUUCCCCUGGGGACUGAAGACAGAGCCGCCCUUUUUGGAAACAUACAGGACAUCUAUCACUUCAAYAGUGAACUUCUGCAAGAUUUGGAAAACUGUGAAAAUGAUCCUGUGGCCAUCGCGGAAUGUUUUGUGUCCAAGAGUGAAGAGUUCCACAUUUACACCCAGUAUUGCACCAACUACCCAAGGUCAGUGGCCGUGCUAACCGAGUGCAUGAGGAACAAGAUGCUGGCCAAGUUCUUCCGGGAACGCCAGGAAACUCUGAAACACUCGCUGCCUCUGGGGUCCUAUCUCCUGAAACCAGUUCAGCGGAUUCUCAAGUAUCAUCUCCUUUUGCAUGAAAUAGAAAAUCACCUUGACAAGGACACAGAUGGCUAUGAUGUGGUGCUUGAUGCUAUAGACACUAUGCAGCGAGUGGCCUGGCACAUCAAUGACAUGAAGCGGAAACACGAACAUGCGGUCCGGUUACAGGAGAUUCAGAGUUUGCUCACAAACUGGAAGGGGCCAGACCUGACCAGCUACGGGGAACUGGUGCUCGAGGGAACCUUCCGUCUCCAGCGGGCCAAGAACGAGCGGACGCUCUUCCUCCUUGACAAGCUGCUUCUCAUCACCAAGAAGAGGGACGACACGUUUACAUACAAAGCUCACAUCCUGUGUGGCAACCUCAUGCUCGUGGAGGUGAUCCCCAAGGAGCCACUCAGCUUCAGCGUCUUCCACUACAAGAACCCCAAGCUGCAGCACACCGUUCAGGCUAAGUCCCAGCAAGACAAGCGGCUCUGGGUUCUGCACCUGAAGAGACUGAUCCUGGAGAACCAUGCGGCAAAGAUUCCAGCUAAGGCCAAGCAAGCAAUACUUGAAAUGGAUGCCAUUCAUCAUCCAGGCUUCUGUUACAGCCCSGAGGGAGAGACAAAAGCAUCCUGCGGCUCUAGAGAAGGUUCUACACCCUAUCGGCUCAGAAGAAAAUCUGAACCUUCCUCGAGAUCACAUAAAGUUUUGAAGACCAGCGAAACAGUACAAGACAUCCGAAAGGUUUCUAGAGAGGAAGACUCUCCCCAACGGACUUCGGCAGGGCCUUCUCCUGCCCAGAGGAACAGCCAACCAGGCAGUUCUGCUGUGAGCAGCGUGCUUCGUGGGGGCRGCACCAUCAGAAACAUCUGGACGGAUCACCAGAUCCGGCAGGCCUUGUUUCCCAGCCGCCGGUCCCCCCAGGAGCACGAGGAUGAUGAAGAUGAUUACCAGAUGUUCGUGCCAUCCUUUUCUUCCUCCAACUUGAACUCGGCCCGACUGUGUGAAGAGAGCACUUCAAGUCGCCCUUGCAGCUGGCAUAUGGGACAGAUGGAGUUCUCAGAGGUUUCCAGCUCUGGCCACAGGAUUGUCCGGAGGGCCAGCAGUGCCGGUGAGAGCAACACGUGCCCGACUGAAAUAAGGAGGAGGGACAGCAGUGGCUCUCAGUAUAGUCCCCGAAGGGAACUGCAGAACGGCCCUCAAAGAGAAGGGCAGGAAGGGAUGACUCCCUUUGGGUCAUCUAUAGAGUUGACAAUUGAUGAUAUCGACCAUGUCUAUGAUAACAUAAGUUAUGAGGACUUGAAAUUAAUGGUUGCUAAACGGGAAGAAGCUGAAUUUACUCCCUCCAAAUCAGCCAAGGACUCCGUUCGUCCCAAGAGCACCCCAGAGUUAGCCUUCUCAAAGAGGCAAGCUGGCCCUAGUACCAGUUCCCUACACACCAAAAGAAAUGGCGUGCUCACCAGUCAAGAGGCAUCUCACCAAAGCACUCAGGAGCUCCAGGUGGUAGAGGAAAACAUUUAUGACACUAUCGGGCUCCCGGACCCACCACCUCCGGAUUUCAAAAGCAGCAGCCUUAAGCGGCCCAAGAGGAGCACCUUUUUGGGUCUGGAAGCUGACUUUGCAUGUUGUGACAGCCUGAGGCCAUUUGUUUCCCAGGAUAGCCUCCAGUUCAGCGAGGAUGMUGCGCCUUACCACCAGGGGCCCCCCGACAAUGACUAUUUGAGUUUGCUGUACAACUCCUCCAACUGCAACUUGUCUGUAGCAGAUAAGGCUCUGUCUGAUAAACUGUCUGAAGAGGUAGAUGAAAUCUGGAAUGACUUGGAAAAUUACAUCAAGAAAAAUGAAGACAAAGCUAGAGACCGUCUCCUAGCAGCAUUUCCUGUAAGUAAAGAUGAUGUCCAAGACAGGCUGCAUGCUGAGAGCACCCCAGAACUGCACAGAGACGCCAGUCACUCCACAUCCACACUGUCCCUCCCUGAGAGCCAGGCUUUCCUCACACCUCUGAAAAGCAGGGCCGUCAGAGCUAGCCGGACCAACUACCCGCUUGAAGAAGACCUGAUUUCUACACAAGGCUCCUUUGUGAGUCUUAACCGACUCUCCUUGGCCAGCGAAAUGCCCCCGGUGGACAGCCCCUACGACUCGGCCAACAGCAGCCUGCCCCAGACAGACCCCGAAACCCCUGAUCCUGGGAUGGAUGCCACAGAUAAGACAAAAAGCAGGGUCUUUAUGAUGGCGAGGCAGUACAGCCAGAAGAUCAAGAAGGCCAAUCAGCUUUUAAAAGUGAGAAGUCCGGAGUUGGAGCAGCCGCCAGCUAGUCAGCAUAAACCCACCCACAAAGACCUGGCAGCCAUCCUAGAGGAGAAGAAGCAGGGCGGGCCUGCUAUUGGUGCCAGGAUUGCCGAGUAUUCCCAACUGUAUGACCAGAUUGUCUUCAGGGAGACGCCCCUUAAAAUUCAGAAGGAUGGCUGGGCCAGCACACAGGAACCGUCCCUCCUCAGGGCUGCCUCACCUUCCCAGGGCCAACAUGGUGGCGAGGAUUGGCUCUUGCAUUCAAYUUAUAGUAAUGGAGAGUUAGCAGAUUUCUGUCCCCGGCCAGAGCAAGACUUGAGGUCAAAGUAUCCCACUUUAGAUAUUGGUACCAAAAGUACCCCAAGACAGUUGUCUGCAGCUUGCUCUGUGCCUUCUCUUCCAAUCUCUGACCCUCUCCUGGGCUCCAUGCAGAGAUGCAGUGUGGUAGUAAGUCAGCCCCACAAAGAGAACUCAUGUCAGGGCCAUCUUUACAACUCACUGGGUCGGAAAGGAAUCAGUGCUAAAUCCCAGCCUUACAACAGGUCCCAGUCGUCUUCCUCCAUCUUGAUAAACAAAUCAAUGGACUCCAUCAAUUACCCCAGCGAGAUGGGAAAGAAACAGCUGCUGUCCUUACGCCAAAGUGCACGGUGUGAGAGCCACCAGGAUUUGCUGCCAGGUACAGCUGAUUCAUGUCAGCAGGGUGCCRAAACAUGCUCUGACCUCACACUCCAAGACUCACAGAAAGUUCUGGUAGUAAAUAGAAAUUUACCUUUAAACGCCCACCUAGCCACACAGAACUAUUUUUCCAAUUUCAAAGAGACUGAAGAUGAAGAUGACUAUGUGGAAAUAAAGUCUGAAGAAGACGAGGCAGAGCUGGAGCUACUGCAGAGUCGCAGAAGGAAAUCUGACUCCAAGAUGGCAGAUGCCGACUUCUCUGAUAACGUCUGCAGCAACAACCCACCUUACUCCUUGAAUAGUCCAUGCACUCCCAAAGAGCCCAUAAACAGCAAACUUGGGCUUUCACCGUAUCUGACAGCAUAUAGUGAUUCUGACAAACUGAAUGACUACCUUUGGAGGGGGCCGUCUCCCAAUCAACAAAACAUUGUCCAGUCUCUAAGGGAAAAAUUUCAGUGUCUUAGUUCAAGUAGCUUUGCCUAAGGCUUCUCAGUAAUAGCUGCCUGAAUUAACUUCCUCUUACACUCAUCAAUCACAGAUGCUGAUAGGUUUUGUAUGUAUCAGAUUAAAACAAUUUUGUAAUAACCAGAGGUGUAAAAUAUACUUUCUUUUACAGCACAACUUUUUGAGCCGGCUGACCCUACAGCCAGGAUUAUACUUUAGUGAGUGUCAGCAUUGAAUAAUAUCUUCUUCUCAGAUGCUGAUUGUCUUCACUUUCAUGUAAGUCARUCUUACUUGAAAUUUUUUAGGCUUUUUGGGUAACAUAUUUUUUCCAUAUCCUGACAACUGUGCCCACACUUUAAGAAAUGCAGUGACCCUCUCAAAACCUACAACACAAAGGCAGCAAGGAGACUUUUUCAUAUUUUGAAAGAAAGGAACUAUAAGGCUGUUUUAAAGAAUUAUGCUUGUAGCUGACAUUUUGUUACAGUUGCGACGAGACCCUGGAAUAACUUACACCAGAGAUCUCUAGUUAGAACCCAGUCGUGAUGCCUAUUUUAGGAUUUCCAUGCUGGCAUUCCUGUGUCAUUUCAUUUCGACUCAGAAAUUGUGUGACCAUUGAAAACUCAAAUGUAGAAGGACCAAUUCACUGUAAGUAAAAGCCUCUACCUGUAUUCCUGGACAAGUCCUGAUGAAUGUGCUGCUGAUCAUGUUAAUGAUACGACUUCUGGGAUGAAAUGAAUGAUUUCCUUCAUGGCUUAAAGAAAACAAAUUCACUAAAGCRUAAACUAACUCACUGUUAGAAAGAUGGAAAGACUCAGGGGGAACAACUUGGUUAUCCAUUCAUAUUACAGUUGAAGUGGGGACAGUUUGACCAAAAAAAACUUAUGAUGCCAUUGUGUGUGCCUAACUCUGAUUAGGGAGAAGUAAACCAUAAGCUAAAAAUCAGACAAAGCACAUUAAAAUCACCCUUCCAGAGCAUUGUUCCAUAGGCACCUUCUUGAGUUUUUACUCUGCCAGUGACCUGCUAGAUCCUACCCCAAGGAGUCAUUGCUAAAGGAAAGGGCAAGAACUUAUAUUCUAAACAAUACAUAACAUGUUUUCAUUAUUUCACRGCAUAUGAAAGAACAGUCUUUGGUUACUGGGUUCUGGAUAAUAACAUCUUUUAUGCUAUAAUUGUGCUUUAUGAAGCAUUUCAUUAUGAUAUUAAAUACAAAUUUAACUCCUUAUGGAAGAAACAGAACACCAAAAGCAUCACAUUGUAAAUAAAAAGCAAAAUCAAAGAAGGUUGAGAUAAAUGAAGGCCGAUUUAUUGGUACUUUAUAAAAAUAUUUUAUUUUCUUGAUUGCAUGAAUGCAAUGAGAAUAUUUCCUUGCAGUGCCCUUUGUAGUCUCAAUUUCAGCAGUUAUACAUUCUGUGGCCUUUCUUCACCCUCUGUUUCCUUUAUAAUUUUAUUUUCUCUUUAUUUUAAUUAAAAGCCAGUCAUUUCCAUUUUAAAAGAUACACUGAUAUGUGUGUAUGUGGCCUUUGCACUUGAAGGAAAGCCCUAAUUAAAUCAGUGACAUCUUCCCAUAACUCUUUUCCUCUUUUUAAGUCCUAUCUCUGUUAACUUAAAACAUAAAA